CUCGAACUCAUCGUCAUCUUCAGUUGCAUCGCCUGGAGCCGUUUCUGAGUGGGUCUGGAGUAAGGAACAUGGAAAAUACUACAGAUGUAGAUGGGAUGCCUAUGGAAAAGUUGCGUACGAGUGGGCAUCUAGUCAACAAUGGAAUUAGGUGCUUGCUCCCGCUGCAUGGUGGUCUCAUACCAGGGCUCUAAAGUGAACCCUUUCAAAAUUGGUCACUGGCUCUGUCUGACCACAGAACUAUACAUUAUAUUUGUUGGAUACUGCUGCAACUGGAUGUACAAUGCUAUGCGACCCGUCUCCUAUAGAGGUCAAGGGCAACACUUAUGUGACAUGGAGGCCUUGCUCAACCAUCAUCCGCACAAAGCUAAACAUCCCGGAUUGUUUGCAAGGCACGACAUGAAAACGUCACGCGUCGGACAUCUUCACAUACGAAGUACUUGGAAAAUGUCGCGUGAGUAUGUCGUUAGUAGAAGUAAGCACUGAAGCAGCCUUGGGCAGCAAGCGGCGGACCAGGUUGAACGUAACUUGCCACUGUCCACCAAGGCUACUGCGGGGUACAAUUAAUCACCAAACUUUGCUGUUAUGAUCUACCUCUGGGGUGUUCAUACUUGACGCCUCUCGCUUAUUGGGAAAUAGGCACCGGCAUGCUGGAUUCACGUAUCGCAGGUG